ACAAACGGAGCACGCGCUCACCACUCCCUCCCGCGAGCGUCAAUCUGGAACAGAGCGUUCGGUCUCCGAUGGACCUGCGAGCAGAGGCGCGCUGCAAAAUAAGCUUGUCGUGUGCAAGUUAACAUGGUAAUAUGAAACGUGUAUGUGUAUGUCCUAUAACAUUUUAAAUGAGUAUUUUUUCUGCAGCUAAAGGGGCCUGUUUACAAAGGAAGCAGCAGGGAAGCGGAAUGUGGGCUCCUUUUCCUUUAAGUGGGCUCUGUUACCCUGCGUUGCAGGAAGUGCGAGGGGUGUUCCCUUUGCAAUUCCAGCUGAUCUCAGAAGGCAGACGGAAGUGAUAUCUUUUGCUUCGCGUUACACUGUCUUUGAAAUUGGACUGUCAUUCCGUUUCGCCAAACUGAUAGGAAGCCGAGGGAGACAGAGCUGGCGACUAAAAUUAUUCUGAGUAAAGUAGAGUAAGGAUUACCACGCGACUCAAUCAAGCCCCCCAACGUCUUCUCCCCCAAACCGUGUGCUUUUUCUUUUGUCGGACUGUCAUGAGAUCAGUUUGGGGAUGGCAUCCUUUCAGAGUUAUGGCAAGACUGUCGGGACAGAAGAGGAGGAGAACGGGGAACUGGACCAGUCCUUGCAGCAGAUGCUGAAAGCAAUCGCCGACGAACGAAACCGACUCAAUGUUAGGCAAGAAAUUAGUGGACUUGGCUGCUUUAAGGAUGACAGGAUAGUGUUCUGGACCUGGAUGUUCUCCACCUACUUCAUGGAGAAGUGGGCCCCCAGGCAGGACGACAUGCUGUUCUACGUGCGGAGGAAGCUGUCGUACGUCAGCGCCGACAACACGGAGGGCAAGAAGGUGGAGGUGGAGGUAUACAGGAGGGACUCUAAGAAGCUGCCUGGACUGGGGGACCCCGACAUCGACUGGGAGGAGAGCGUCUACCUGAACCUCAUUUUACAGAAGCUGGACUAUGUGGUCACCUGUGCGGUCUGCACGCGCUCAGAUGCAGGGGACAUUCACAUUCACAAGAAGAAGUCUCAGCAAGUGUUCGCCUCCCCCAGCAAAAACCCCAUGGACAGCAAGGGUGAAGAGUCCAAGAUGAGCUACCCCAACAUCUUCUUCAUGAUCGAUAACUUCGAGGAGGUCUUCAGCGACAUGACAGUGGGGGAGGGGGAGAUGGUCUGUGUGGAGCUGGUGGCCAGCGACAAGAGCACCACCUUCCAGGGCGUGAUCUUCCAGGGCUCCAUACGCUACGAGGCCCUCAAGAAGGUCUACGACAACCGGGUCAGUGUGGCAGCAAAGAUGGCCCAGCGGAUGUCCUUCGGCUUCUACAAGUACAACAACAUGGAGUUUGUGCGGAUGAAGGGGCCCCAGGGGAAGGGCCACGCCGAGAUGGCUGUGAGCAGGGUGCCCACGGGGGACACCUCACCCUGCAACACCGAGGAGGACCCCGACUCGCCUGUUCACAUGCCGGUGACCUCGUUCAGCACGCCCCCCACCCCGGAGAGGAACCGUCCCUCCUUCUUCUCCCCCUCCUUGCGUAGAAAGGUCCCCCGAAACCGCAUCGCCGAGAUGAAGAAGUCCCACUCCGCCAACGACAGCGAGGAGUUCUUCCGGGAGGAGGAGGGCGGAGACCUGCACAAUGCCACUAACCUGCGCUCGCGCUCUCUUUCCGGGACGGGGCGCUCCCUGGUGGGGUCCUGGCUGAAGCUGAACCGGACCGAGGACUACUUCCUGCUGUACUCACACCUCACCUAUGUCACACUGCCCCUACACCGCAUCACCACAGACAUACUGGAAGUGAGACAAAGGCCCAUCCUGAUGACAUAGCAACAAGAACCACUGCCUCAGACACUCGCUACCAAGUGCCUAUUGCAUCGGGCCACCUAGACAACACUACCAUCUAGUGUCAAGGCAGAGAACCAAAAAGAAAAAAGAAUAGAACAAAAGGGAAAAUCUUCGGAAAGAAAAACCAGCCAAUCAAAAAGUGCCUCUUCCUUCCUUCCUUAAUCCUGCUCAGUGAGGCCCUGUGGGCGCGAGGCAGUCUUAAGAGGUGCGACAGACUCUGGACGGCAGGUCUCUCCGAAAACCCCCGAAAACACUCUCCCGUCAGGUCCGCCCUGACACAGGAACUGACGCAGCACUUGCUGAACUUUGACCCGGAAGCCAAGAAAAGAAGAAUGUCCCCGCUUUCCUGUAAAUACGCAGGUGUUCAGCCACUCUGUCCGCAGGCCUACACAGAGGCCAAGCUUUCACCCCGUACCCCGACCAUGUUUUUUCUAAAGGGAUGUACAGUAUUCUCCUCGUUAUGUUACGUUUCGUUUGUUUUCACCCGUGUAGGUGUGUUUAAAAUGGGAUUCAGUGUUGUAGGGUGGGUGGGGCUUGGAGGAGUGGGCAGGGUCUGUGCUGGUCUGUGGCCUUUUUGCUCCGAGAAUGGCCUUCUGUCUGUCAGCACUGGCGUCUAAAGGAUUGUUUACUGUACGUUAAUCACAUUUACACUUCCGUAGGAUGGGAGGGAAUUAGGUAGUGCACUUACUCACCGCGUUGCUGUAAAAACAAAAAAAAAAAAAAAAACAAGUGUGCAACUUGACGCGUUGUCCAAGUUCUCUCAGGACAGCGCUGGUAGUGAUGUGUAUCGGGUUCCGGCUUUCUGUGUUCGCUUGUCUUUUGACUACUUUUGAAUAUCUUUAGUAUAUGUUCUACUUAUAAAAAAUGAUCUCCACCAUCAGCAUUAACUCAGAACAAUUCACAAAUGGAUGCCAUCACCAGGCAACAGAGCAAGAACAAAAGGUCAGCUGACACUGGACCUAGUGGCAUCGCCAAUGAUGUAAUUACGUGGUUCAACCCAUCCGAUCUUGAACACAGCUUUGUGGCUUAUUUCAAACCAUGAAUGUUAUAGAUGGUUAUUGGUAUUACAGUGGUUAUAUUGAUGGCUUUGUGUGAGCUUUAGCAGUCAAGAAUAGGUAUGAAAUGCAGCUUAUGGGAUGAACAAAAAUCAGUCUCUGAACCCAUAAGCCCUGUGUUUAUAUAGAUGUAUAUAGAAUGCGGUCCGGCGUUUGACCGGGGCUUGUACACCUCCUUACCUGUGAUUAUGUUGGCCCUCCAAAGCACUACACUGAUGCGUCACCCCGGCAGCCACAUUUGCAGUGGCAGCUGUAGUUACAGUGUUUCUCCAACCGGCAGCCUGGAUGUGCAGGUGGAGUCCCCGGUGCUCACGGUUCUCUUGUUGUGUCACAAGUGAGUGGAUUUCUUAAGCGAAAAUUCUAUUACGUUGGUUAUUUCACACCUUUAUUGUGAUCUCUACAUACUUCUGUAGGAAUUUUUUUUUACUCCGUGUCUUGAACGUGAAAAUGAAACGGCGU